AUGGAGGGUGCGAGACCAGAUUCACCUGAACCCAGCUGUGUCUCCAUGAAGAGUGACCAGUCAAUGGAACUUCCAUUUCACUUUAAAGAUGGAGGAUGUUCUACUGAUCUGAGUGUGAUGGAGGGUACAAGACCAGAUUCACCUGAACCCAGCUGUGUCUCCAUGAAGAGUGAUCGGUCAAUUGAUCCUCCACUUAACUUUAAAGAUGGAGGAUGUUCUACUGAUCUGAGUGUGAUGGAGGGUACAAGACCAGAUUCACCUGAACCCAGCUGUGUCUCCAUGAAGAGCGACCAGUCAAUGGGAUCGCUACCUCAAUUUAAAGAUGGAGGAUGUUCUACUGAUCUGAGUGUGAUGAAGGGUGCGAGAACAGAUUCACCUGAACCCAGCUGUGUCUCCAUGAAGAGCGACCAGUCAAUGGAACCUCCACAUCACUUUAAAGAUAGAGGUGAUUUUACUGAUCUGAGAUCACAAAAGAAGAAAUUAAAUGUUACUUACAGAGAUCAGCUGGAAUCUAUAUAUAAGGAACUGGAGCUCAAAGUCAUGAGCAUGUUAAAGAAUGAGCUAAACAAGUUCAAAAAGCUCCUGAAUGAAGAUUACCCAGCAUGCUCUGAGCAGGAGGUGAAGGAUGUGGAAGAUCUGAGUAGUUUCAGUGAGGGGGCGCUAAAGAUCACACUGAAUGUUCUGAAGAUCAUGAACCAGACAGACCUUGCUAACACCCUGCAGAGUAAACUUUUAGUCUCUGUAUAUCAGAAAAAACUAAAAUCAAACCUGAGAGAGAAAUGUAAAAGAAUCAGUGAAGGAAUCUCCCAGCAUGGAAGCUCAGCACUUCUGAAUCAGAUCUACAUAGAGCUCUACAUCACAGAGGGUUGGAGUGGAGACGUCAAUAAUGAACAUGAGGUCAAACAGAUUGAAGCAGCAUCCAGGAGACCAGCAGCACAGGAGAUUCCCAUCAAAUGCAACGACCUCUUUAAAGACACGUCCACCAGAACUGUGCUGACUAAAGGAAUCGCUGGAAUUGGAAAAACAGUCUCAGUGCAGAAGUUCAUUCUGGACUGGACUGAAGGAAAAGCAAAUCAGGACAUCAUCUUCAUAUUUCCACUUCCUUUUAGAGAGCUGAACUUGAUGAAGCAGGAAAAUCUCAGUCUGAUGGAACUUAUUUAUCAGUUUUUCCCAGAAGUGAAAGAACUACCAUCAUUAGACUGUGAUGCUUAUAAAGUUUUGUUCAUCUUUGAUGGUCUGGAUGAGUGUCGACUUCCUCUAGAUUUUCAAAAUAAUGAGCGAUUGUGUAACAUAACAAAGUCAGUAAAAAUAGAUGUGCUGCUGACAAACCUCAUCAAGGGGAACCUGCUUCCCUCUGCUCACCUCUGGAUCACCACUCGAUCAGGAGCAGCCAAUCAGAUCCCUCCUGAGUGUGUAGACCAGGUAACAGAGGUGCGAGGGUUCAGUGACCCUCAGAAAGAGGAGUACUUCAGGAAGAGGAUCAGUGAUGAGAACCUGGCUAGUAAAAUCAUCACUCACAUGAAGUCAUCAAGAAGCCUCUACAUCAUGUGUCACAUUCCAGUUUUCUGCUGGAUUUCAGCCUCUGUUCUAGAGAGAAUUCUGGAUGGAGCUGAGGGGAAAGAGAUCCCAAAAACUCUGACUCAAAUGUUCACUUACUUUCUCAUCUUCCAGAUCAAACACAAGGAACAAAAGUACCAUGGGAAAUCUGACCCUGAUCCAGACCAGACCAGAGAGACGAUACUGGCACUGGGAAAACUGGCCUUCCAACAGCUGGAGAAAGGAAACCUGAUCUUCUAUGAGGAAGACCUGACAGAGUGUGGCAUUGAUGUCAAAAACACAUCAGUGUACUCAGGAGUUUGCACCCAAAUCUUCAAAAAAGAGGCUGGACUGCACCUGGGUCAGAUCUUCAGCUUUGUGCACCUGAGUGUUCAGGAGUUUCUGGCUGCUUUAUAUGUAUUUCUCACCUUCAUCAACAAAAACAGAAAUGUGCAGGUGAUGCAAAACACUGAAUUCUUUAACAUCUUUAGAAACUAUACAAACAUGUUUGACUUUCUGAAGAGUGCAGUGGACAAGGCCUUACAGAGUAGGAAUGGACACCUGGAUCUUUUCCUCCGCUUCCUCCUGGGUCUCUCACUGGAGUCCAAUCAGACUCUCUUAAGAGGACUACUGCCACAAACAGGAAGUAGCUCUUACAACAAAGAGGAAACAGUCAGGUACAUCAAGGAGAGGAUCAGUGAGAAUCCCUCUCCAGAGAAAUCCAUCAAUCUGUUCCACUGUCUGAAUGAACUGAACGAUGAUUCUCUAGUGCAGGAAGUCCAACAAUACCUGACCAGAAGAGGUUAUGUUAAUGACGAUAGACUCCGUCUGUCUCCUGCUGAGUGGUCGGCUCUGGUGUUUGUGUUGCUGAAUUCAGAUCAGGAGCUGGAUGUGUUUGAUUUGAGGAAAUAUUAUCCAUCACAUGAAGGUCUUCUGAAGAUGCUGCCAGUGGUGAAAGCUUCUAGAAAAGCUGAGUUAGUGUGGUGUGAUCUAACAGAAGAAAGUUGUGAAGUUCUAUCCUCAGUUCUCAGUUUAAACUCCUCCAGUCUGAAACAUCUGAACCUGAAUAACAAUAAACUAAAGGAUUCAGGAGUGAAGCUGCUCUCUGCUGGACUGCAGAAUCCACACUGUAAACUGGAGAUACUGGAUCUAAAACAUCUGUACCUGAGUAACAAUAGUUUGAAGGAUUCAGGAGUGAAGCUGCUCUCUGCUGGACUGGAGAAUCCACACUGUAAACUGGAGAUACUGUGGUUGUGGGAUUGUAAUUUAACAGAAGAAAGUUGUGAAGUUCUGUCCUCAGUUCUCAGUUUUAACUCCUCCAGUCUGAAACAUCUGAACAUGGGUAAGAAUGAACUGAAGGAUUCAGGAGUGAAGCUGCUCUCUGCUGGACUGGAGAAUCCACACUGUAAACUGGAGAUACUGGAGUUGAGGAGAUGCAGUAUUACAGAUGAAGGUUUUACUGCUCUGGCUUCAGUUCUGAAAUCAAAUCCAUCAUCACGUCUGAGAGAACUGUAUUUAAGCGGCAAUAAUCCAGGAGAAUCAGGAGUAAAACUGCUUAAAGAUCUAAAGGUGGAUCCACAAUGUAACUUGAAGGAACUAGAGUGA